GCGGGCCCGGGGGCGGGCGCCAGCGCUCAGGUCCCUGCGCAGCCGAUUCUCCGACUCUCCGUUACCCGCUCGGCAGACUUGGAUCGCGCUCCCGCUGCCCUCGAGCCCGCGAGAUGCUCUCCAGAGCCACCUGGAGCCUGGCGUUGAGGAAAGGAGGACUGGAAGUGCGAGGGACACACAGCGCAGGAGGCACUGCCCGCAGCGAGGGGAAGAUGCCCCCCUACACCAGCUACCACGCCCAGCGCUCCUACCCCAUGCCAGAUGAGCCCUUCUGCACAGAGCUGAGCGCUGAGCAGCGGGCCCUGAAGGAGAAGGAGAAGGGCAGCUGGACCCAGCUGAGCCAUGCCGAGAAGGUGGCCUUGUACCGGCUGCAGUACCACGAGACCUUUGCAGAGAUGAACCGUCCCUCCAACGAGUGGAAGACGGUGAUGGGCUGUGUCUUCUUCUUCUUUGGAGUCUCAGCUCUCCUGAUUUGGUGGCAGCGGGUCUAUGUCCCCUCCCUGCAGUGUUCCCCAAGAAGCCCAUCACCCUGACGGACGAGUGGAAGGCCAAGCAGCUGCAGCGCAUCCUGGACAUGAAGGGCAACCCCGUGCAAGGCCUGGCCUCUCGGUGGGACUAUGACAAGAAGGAGUGGAAGAAGUGAUGCUGCACCCCAAGCGGCCCCACCUUGGCCCCCGGGCCUCUGGUAGCCCCUCCCCUCCCCUUUACCCCAAUAAAGCUGGGCCUGUUCUCUUCUGCUUUUAAUUGCCACCUCAGACUUUACCUGGCACCUCAAAUUUGCCAGUGUGGUAGGUGAGGGGCAAGAUAAGCCACUUUCCAGGGGCUUGGAGCCCAUCUAGUUAGGGAGGGCUGAGUAGUGGUCCUGGCGGAGUGGGGCUAGGGUGAGCCUGAAAGGAUAGGUGGGAUUAAGAAAGGCGGGAAAGGGAGGGGAAGGCCUUCCAGCUGGAGGGAUGGUUUGAGCAAAGGCAGACAUGCCUUCAUCCAGUCAUUUAGCAGAUAUUUACUGAGGACCUGCUGUGUGUCAGGAAUUCAUCUAGACCCUGGGGAUGCAGCAAUGAACCCAACCGACAGAGUCCCUGGCCUCACAGAGGAGACAUUUCAAUGGGGAAGGAAAA